UGUUGUUCUUGAGUCAUAGUUUUCCUGCGGAGUCAUAACAAGGUGACGCUAGAUCUGGGAGAGAGGGAAAAGAGAAAAGAUGGCACGGGCAGCAAAGUCAGCACUGGUGUUGUGCAUGGAUGUGGGCUUCUCCAUGUCCAACUCCCCUCCAGGAGAAGAGCCUCCCUUUGAUCAAGCCAAAAAAGUCAUCCAGAAGUUUGUCCAGCGCCAGGUGUUCUCUGAGUCUAAAGAUGAGAUGGCCUUGGUUCUCUUUGGCACCGACGCCACCAAGAACCCACUGGACCAAGACGGCCAGUACCAGCACAUCACUGUACGCCGCCAGCUCAUGGCACCUGAUUUUGAGCUCCUGGAGGAAAUUGAGAAUCACGUCCGUCCUGAGAGCCAGCAGACUGAUUGGUUGGAUGCUCUGGUUGUCAGCAUGGAUCUCCUUCAGAAAGGAGCACAGGUGAAGAAGUACGACCGUCUCAACAUUGUCCUCCUGACUGACCUCAGCACCCAGGUCAGCUCCGACAACCUGGAUGUUAUUAUUGGAAACCUGGGAAAACUCGGCAUCACCCUGCAGUUCUUCUUUCCCUUCCCUAUGGAGGAGGAGGAGCACAAUGAGGAAGGAGGAGGAGGAGACGGGGACGGGGACAGAAGGGGCUCCAGUCGGCCAGGUGUGGGGAAAGGUCUGUCCAGGGAGCAGAAACAGGGCCUUGAGAUGGUCAGAGACAUCAUGCUGAGUCUGGAUGAGGAUGAAGGCUUGGAUCAAGUUUACACCUUCAGUGAGGCAAUUGAGCAGCUGUUCAUGUUCAAGCAUAUCGAGAGGCGUCCCAUGGCCUGGCCCUGUCAGCUGACCAUUGGCAGCUCUCUGUCCAUCCGAAUUGUUGGGUACAAAGCAGUGACUGAUGAGAAGCUGAAGAAGAUGUGGAUCACAGUUGAUGCUCAAACCAGCAAGAGAGAUGAUGUGAAGAGAGAGACUGUCUACUGCCUGGAUGACGACAAUGAGACAGAGGUGCAGAAGGAUGACACCAUUCAGGGUUUCCGCUAUGGAAGUGACAUCGUGCCCUUCUCCAAAGUAGACCAAGAGCAGAUGAAAUACAAGCAUGAUGGGAAGUGCUUUGCUGUCCUCGGGUUUACCAAACAUGACUCGAUACACCGACAUCUGUUCAUGGGAAGCCAAACCAUCAAGAUGUUUGCUCCAAAGGAUGAUGAGCAUGCAGGAGUAGCACUGUCAGCUCUCAUCCAAGCACUGGACAAACUCAAUAUGGUGGCCAUUGUACGUUACGCCUAUGACCGGCGCUGCAACCCUCAAGUAGGAGCAGCCUUCCCUUGCAUCAAGCAGACAUAUGAGUGUCUGGUCUACGUUCAGCUGCCCUUCAUGGAAGACCUCAGACAGUUUAGUUUUCCCUCUCUUGAAAACAAGAAGUUCACCCCCUCAGAGAGCCAGCUGGCUGCGGUGGACUCUUUGAUUGACUCCAUGAUGUUGGUGGAGGAGGAUGAGAACGGACAAAAAGAGGACAUGUACAAGGUUCACGAAAUUCCCAACCCUGCCUUCCAGAGGCUCUUCCAGUGUCUGCACCACCGAGCUGUGAACCCUGGCACGCCUCUCCCCACUAUGGAGCAGUGGCUGAAAGAUGCUCUUGAACGCCCCAGUGCAAUCAGUGAGCGUUGCCAGGCCCCUCUAGAGGAGAUGAAGAGGAAGUUUCCUCUGAAAGCGGUGGAGAAGAAAAAGGAGUUGAAGACUGGUGCUCAAAUUUUUGGCAAAGGCUCUGCAGAGCCAGAUGCCAAAAAGUCAAAGGUGGAUGAGGAAGAGGAGGAAUUCAACCUGGCUAAAAUUUCUGAAGGCAAUGUUACUUCGGUGGGUAGCGUGGAUCCAGCCCGAGACUUCCGCUCACUGAUCAAUCAGAAGAGUCUUCCGUUUGGAGAGGUCUGUCAGCAACUGACUCACAGGAUAGAGCAGUUGCUUAGCAACAGGAGCACGCACUACUACAUGAAAUGCAUCACCUGUAUCCAGACUUUCAGAGAGCAGUCGGUUAAGCUGGGGAAUGCUGAUCUGUACAACAGCUACCUACAGUCCCUGAAAAAGAGCAUUCCAAACAGUGGGCUACAGGUCUUUUGGGAUCUGCUUGUUCAAGAUGCUAUAACUCUGAUCAGCAAAGACGAGGUUGAAGGCAGCACCGUAUCCAAGGAUGAUGCUAAUCAGUUUCUGGCUACAGAGGAGAAGAAAGAGGUGGAGACUGAACCAGCAGUGGACGAUGCUGGAGAUGUGGAUGACUUACUGGACAUGAUGUAAGAAGGGAGGCAAUGGGAGGCAUCUCCAGUAGACAUGCAAAGAAAUGAGAAGAAUGCAUUCAUUCAACCAGACCAAACCAAUUCAUCUGUCCAUUGUUCUGCCCCUCACAUGGAGACCACAGAUAAUUUGCAGUACAUCACACUGCUGUGAGUAGGCAAGCAACUGUCAAUACUGAGUCAGUGCAUGCAUACUGCACAGAAUGUAGUCUGACUUUAGUGUGGUUUGCAUCAGAAUGACUCAGGAUGCUUUUCUUCAAAAUUUAUUAGAGCUGCGCCUUAUGCAGAUGUGUCCAGUGCUAUGUACAAGUUUGUUCACUUUUAAGUGUCAGUUGUUGUAAUUGUCUAAGAAACUGCUGUUUUUAUAUGUUCUUAUUGAUUGCCUUAAAUCUCUAAAGAUUUAUGUGUACUUUAAACCCUUUAGUACUUAACAGAAAACAGCACUGCUGUGUCUGAUAGACUGCGGGUUUAUUAUCUAACAUUAGUGUAUCAAUAAAGCUUUACGGUUGAUGAA